AUGUCUAAUUUUAAUUUUUUAUUAAUUUCAUUUGCGGAAAUUUUUCUGUUUUGUGCUGGUGAGGUGAUUAAUUGGAAGUCUGAUUAUUCAGAAUUCCGUCCAAGUGAUGGUGCCGGAGGCAAGACGCUUACUCCAAAAAAUGUUCCAAAUAAGGAAGAAGGUGUUUGUGGUGAUAAACUUUAUAGUUUAUUGAAGCAUUGUGCACAACAGAGCUUCUAUAUAGGCUUAAAUCGACCCAGAUCUGAAUUCGCCGAAUCCGCUCUUUAUCUUAUAAACGGUUGUCUUGAAUGUCCUUAUGGAAAGGCCGAAGCAACUAUAAGUUUACAUAAUCACCUUCCAUCGGGAUCAUUGUUUAGUGGAUGUGGACAGGAGGAUAAGAUUGUAAGCAGCGUAUCAGUGAAAUUGAAUUCUGAAAAGAAUCCGCAUGGAAGUUUCGCUCUUGGAGGUAUAUUGGAAGGACGAAAGUGUAAUGGUCUUUUUGACAGCAGUCGCGAAACCAAGUUUGAAAAGAUAGUUCUAGAAGUGAAACAUAACUGUGGGCAAAAAAAGCCAAUGAAACUUUUUGUUUUAUUGCCACCUGUUGAUCUUCCAAAACUUUUUAGUGAGAGAAACAAUUUCCGUGAAUGGGAUGGGAUUCGUGUAGAUUUAGGAAUAUUUGGAGUUGGUUGGAAUGAACGCUGGCUUGAUUUUGGCGACGUCUUUCAUUCAACAACAAAAGGUAGAAAAAUAAUUUUCCAAAAUUAUUUUCACAAUUGUCUAGCAAAACAAUUACCUGACGUACAAAUUCAAAGCAACAAUUCAAAUAUAAUCCAACAUGACGAAAAACCUCCUAUUUCUGUAUUACCAACACCUAUCGAAUUCAUUGAAGAGUCCGAGAAGAGCAAUGAACAAAAGGAUAAAAACAAUCAUUUUGAGUUCAAUCUGCCGUUUAUUUUUGCUUGCGUUUUGGUCCCAUUAUUGCUUGGAUUUUCCCUAAGUUUAUUCAAUUAUUUGUUCAAAUCCGUAUUCUUCAAAAACUCUAACAAAACUGAAAAUGACUAUGAAUUGGGUGGAGGAGCUUCCAUUACAUCAUCGUCACUUUCAAAAGGAACAACAACAACACAUUCGAGCAUUAGUUCAUUGCCUUAA